CUUUUCAUUGUACUGAGUAGAUACCCAUUGUUUCAAUCAAGAUAUAACAUUCCAAUCGCAAUUUCAAAUCUUAAAGAAUUUUGUACAUAUAUAGAAGUUUCUGGUAAAGAUAUUUCAAAAAGGUAUAAAAUUGUUUUAUAUAAAGAUUUUAGUGACAGUGAAAUACACAUAGAAGGCGAAGAAUUAAAAUCCGAAACCCCAAAGACACAUUUCCCGGUUAGACCAAUUUCUCCAACAACACAAGAACAUGGUGCCAUUAGAAGAGGACUAAAAAGACAAAAACCGGUCCAAAAUCGACCAAUUGGAUUUUUAAGAAAGCCCGAAUCAGAUUAUUCAAAUCCAUUUGAUGCCAUCGAACCUCAAGACGAAGGAGCAGUGGGCGGUUAUGAUUCAGAUCGAAGGAGUUAUUCCGUGCCCAAAUCUCCAAGCCUUUCUGAAGAUUAUCAACUUCCUUAUAAUGAUUUAUCAAACACUGUAAAACGGAAAGAAUCUACAACAAGUUCCCAUUCAAAAACAUCUUUAAAAGAAGGUUCUAAAAAUGAAGGAAUUUACUAUCCUAUUUGGAAACAAGAUAAAGAAGAACAAAAAGUUGAUUACUCAGCUGUACGAACACUUGGAGGAAACAAAGAAGACGAACAAACAAUUUAUUCAACCGUUCAACACAAACAUAAGUAA